UGAGCUAGAGCUCAAGCCGAGCAUGGCCCAGGCCGUGAUUGGAGCGAUGGGCACCCUCCUGCCCAAGCUAGCCGACCUAAUAACCAAGGAGUACAACCUUCAGAGGGGUGUCAGGGGCGAGAUCAUGUUCCUCAAAGCCGAGAUGGAGAGCAUGGAGACAGCUCUCCUCAGGAUUUCUGAGGCGCCAAUCGACGAGCCACCGGACAUCCAAGUCAAGCUUUGGGCCAAGGCUGUGAGAGACUUGUCAUACGAUCUGGAAGAUAGCAUCGACAAGUUCAUGGUGCGCAUUGAAACUCAUGGCCGACCAGAGAAGUCCCAUGGUUUCAGGGAUUUCAUUGAUAAGAGCCUCAGCCUGCUGACCAAGGGCAAGAUUCGCCACAAGAUCGGCAUUGAUAUCAAAGACAUCAAGAGCCGCAUCAACGAGGUCAGCGAGUGGCGUGAUAGGUACAAGGUUGACGGUGUGGCCGCUGCCAAGCCCGUUGGUCCAACUACUGAUACCCUUCGCCUAUCAGCCUUGUAUAGAAAGGCCACGGAGCUCGUUGGGACUGACGAGAAGAGCGUUGAGGUAAUCAAGAUGCUGACUGAGGGAGACGAGGUUUCCAAGAAACAGCUGAAGGUGGUCUCUAUUGUUGGAUUUGGUGGAUUAGGCAAGACCACCCUUGCUAAUGCAGUCUAUGAGAAGCUGAAAGUGCAAGACGAUAAUCAAGAACUGCAAUUCGAUUGUUCAGCUUUUAUUUCCGUGUCUCUUAAUCCUAACAUGGAGCAGAUUUUCAAGAGCUUGCUCCAUCAACUUGACAAGCAUAGGAUCCAGAACACCAAUGAGGCAUUGUGGGGCGAAGAACAACUCAUCCGUGAAAUAAGAACAUUUCUUGAAAACAAGAGGUACUUGAUUGUUAUUGAUGACGUAUGGGAUAAGUCCGUCUGGGAAAACAUCAAAUAUGCGUUGAUUGACAAUGAAUAUGAAAGUAGAGUAAUCACAACAACUCGCAUCCUUGAUGUUGCCCAGCAAGCUGGUGGUGUCUAUCGGCUGAAUCCCCUUUCUGUUGUGGACUCAAGAAAGUUGUUCUAUUAUAGAAUAUAUGAUAUGGAGAACAAGUCACCACCUAGUCAAUUGGUUGAAGUAUCUGAGAACAUUUUAAAAAGAUGUGGGGGUGUGCCGCUAGCUAUCCUUACAAUAGGUAGCUUGCUGUGCAACAAAAAGGGAAGAGCACAUACACUUGAGUAUUGGUCCAAGGUGCAGAAAUCUAUCAGUUCAGGGCUAGACAAUAAUCAUAAUGAUGUGAAGAACAUGAGAAGGAUAUUAUCAGUCAGUUACUCUAACCUACCUCCACACCUAAAGACUUGUUUACUGCAUCUUAGUCUAUACCCAGAGGAUUAUAAGAUUGCAACAGAACAACUGAUAUGGAAAUGGGUGGGUGAAGGUUUUGUGAAAAAAGAACAGGGGAGGAGCUUGUAUGAAGUAGGAGGGGAUUAUUUGGAUGAGCUCAUUAAUAAAAGUUUGGUCCAACCUGUAAAAUUUGACAAUGCAAAUAAAGUGCGCUCCUGUCGUGUGCACGAUAUGGUGCGUGACCUCAUCAUUUCCUUGUCAAAUGAGGAAAAUUUCCUAACAACAAUAGGUGGUCCGCAAUCAGAGUAUCUACCAAGUAAGAUCCGCCGACUGUCCAUCCAGCCCUGCAUUCAAGAAGUAGCUAAUCAGUUGUCAACCAUGGGCUUGGCCCAUGUGAGGUCACUUAGUGUGUCUAGUCCAGCUUUUAGUUUAUUGCCAACACUGUCGGGUUUUCCAGUCCUACGUGUGUUGGACUUAACUGACUGCUGGCAGGUGGAUAAUAAUAGUUGGAAGGAUAUCUGCAAUUUGUUUCACCUGAGAUAUUUGAGUUUAAAGGGAACUUGUAUCACUCGGAUCCCGAAAGAGAUUGGAAAUCUGCAAUUUCUGCAAGUGCUGGAUAUCAGGUGCACUGAAAUAGAAGAAGAGCUGCCGUCAACCUUGAUUCAACUAACACAACUGUUGUUAUUCUGCAUGCCUGAUAGCAUCUCUUGUGCAGUGCCUAGGUGGAUGUGCUCCAUGUCUUUCCUCUUCUCUCUAAGUAUCACACUUGAAACACUUGGAGAGGAGGACCUUCAUGUACUUGGGAAUGUACCAUUUCUCAGUGAACUGUACAUACAAGUGAAGAAACCUACACAGGGUAGAGACAAACGGUUGGUCAUUGACAAUGCUUAUCCAUUUCGGUGUCUAAAGAGGUUUAGUGUCAAGGGUGACACCAUGGAGUUGAAGUUUGCACAAGGAACCAUGCAAAGUCUAAAUACCCUCCUGUUCGGUUUAGAGAAUGUGCAUGACACAAUGCUUCAGCUUGGAGAUCUUGUAUUUGGUUUAAAUAAUCUCUCUUUGCUUGAGCAUAUUGUUGUUGAGCUACCCUUCCACGGAGAAGACACUGAGACUCAAAAGGUGAGAAAUGCUAUUCAGAAAGAGGUCGAGAUGAAUCAAAACAUGCCCAUACUAACAUUCACAGAAGCAGGCAGUGACGAAUAUUGGAAGUAUACGCUUGCUUCUAUUCUUUUUAACCUUACAUAA